CAGAAAGGCGCAUCUGUUGAGCUAAUCACCACGCAUUUGAGACAAAGUUGCACUGGCGCCCGUGUGAGGUUGGCAAUAUCCUCCGUGGUGGCCAAGCUACAAAAAAGCGCCGGUUCCCAUGUCAGGCAAAAACAAGAAACAGGGCCUAUUCCUCUCUUUGCUGUCCCGCAAGCCAAGCCGGGAGGAGCUAGUCCGAAAAGGGGACCUUCCCGCCCUCACCAAGCUUUUGCGGAAGCAAGGUGUUGAUAAUACACUGAAUGCUCCGCUGGAUCAUGAAGGCAACACUCCUCUCAUCUUGGCGGCCCGUAAGGGGUCAUUUAAAGUAGUGCAGUGGCUGUUAGCGCAGGAGGGGUUGAACAUGAACGCUCGUAAUAGGUUUGGCUGGACAGCCCUGUAUGAAGCGGCAGGCACGGGGCAUCGCCAUAUCCUCGAUCGCCUAGUGCAGGCCGGGGCGGACCCUACGAUUCCAGCCACGUCUUGGCCGCGGCACACUCCUUCCCAAAUGGCCCGGCAAAUGGGGUGGAAUGCCUGUGUGGACGUGCUGGUCAAGGCGGAGAAAAUGUGGGCGGAGCGGAAGAAGGAAGACAGGGAGACAGACCGGGAGGAAACGAAGGAGGAGGAAGUCAUGGGUUUGUCGGAGCACCCCGCGCUUUCCGGGACGGUGGGAGGGGACGAGAAGACCACGGCGGAGCUCUCUUCUUCGACGGGCACCAAGCUAGCCGCUCCAGGAACAAGAAUGGGAAAGGAGGUUGCAGCCCGAUCUCUUCCUUCCUCCACGACCAGACCAGUCUCCGAAUCCGGAGGAAGCACCGAAAAACCCGAUUCGAGCACUGCGGGCCCCUCCUCCCCCCCGUCCUCCCCGUCUUCCUUUACAUUUUCCUCCUCGUCUUCAUCCCCUCUCUCCUCCGGUGUCGCCCGGCUGGCGGGCCCGACUGGCGUUGCUUCAUCCAAAACCUCUUCGAACCAUGUGGAAGCUACACAGACCCUCUCUCCUGCGCCUCCGACCACGCCGUCGAAGAAAACGGAUCUCCCGGCCUGCCUCCGGUGGCAGGUGGAAGAGGGAGUGGGAGAGGGCGGGCACGAAGGUCGAUGGGGGGCCUGGGAGGAAGCGGAGGAAGAUUGGUUGGAAGUGCAUCCGGCAGUGUUCUCGAAACGAGGGCCACGGGUGGGACGUCGACGCCGAGAAGGGGGAGGGGCGGGGUCUUGGGUCCUCGGGUGCUUGAGGAGAAACAAGACGUUGAUGAAUCUAGCGACGGGAAGGACGGGCGAGAGGAUAAAGGCUCGUGCCGGGUCGAGGCGGAACCCGCGAUGGGUAGUGCAGAAAGAGUGAGGAGGAAAUGCAGGAUACGAGCGGUACAGAAGCGGCGAGACAAUGUCGGGGACGAUAGUGUGGAAUCACCAGAAUGCAAGAAUUGUAGCGAGUAUUAGCGAGAGUUCGAUUCUGGGAAGUCGCUCAAAUGUUCGAGACUGGCCUAGCAAAUAUUAUAAGAUCCGAGGAAAACCCAGCUUGCUGUCUGUACACGGCGGCACACGUUGGGAGGCUUUGUGCGUGCGGCCUCUUCAAUAUUCUUGCUAUGUACAUGAAGAAUAAAUAGAGGUUGAUGCAUCGACACAACGCAAAAUGGAGAGGAAAGUAAAUUAUUAUAAAAAGAGAAUAAACGAGAUACAGAAUGUG